AUGGUUCGUUUUGCACGUCCAUUUUGGAUUGAGCAUGAAGGUUGUCCAAUCUUUAGUGUUGAUACAUCUCCUGAUGGAAAAAAAUUUGUUACUGGAGGAGGUGAUGGAAAGGUUCGAGUAUGGAAUAUUGAAGCUCUUUCAGACGAAACCAUUCAACCAAAAUUAUAUGGUGUAAUUCAUGUAUCAACAUUACCAGUCAAUAUUUGUCGUUUUUCCCCUGACGGAACAAUUUUAGCAGUUGGAAAUGAUGAUAAAAUUGUGUCUUUAUGGAAAAGUGAAGGAAUGAAAGAUGAGUUUGAAAGAGAUAAAGAAGGAAAUGUCUACUGCGAAGAAUAUUUAAAUAUUGGAAAUUUAAGAGGUCACGUACAAGAGAUUACAGACAUUAGUUGGUCUCCUGAUGGAAAAUUUCUUGCGUCUUCAUCUGCUGAUAAUACCGUAACUAUAUGGGAUAUUACAAAAAUGGAACUUAAAGAUGUGUUUAGAGGUCAUAAUUCAAGUGUUUUUGGAGUGGCUUGGGAUCCAAUUAAUGAAUAUAUUGUAUCAAUGGAUUUUCAGAAAGUUGUUAUUUGGGAUAUUAAGACAUUAGAAGAAAUAGCUAGAAUAGAAGACGUUUAUAAAACAGCAAAUCAUGGAAAUUUUAGUAGUAGAAUUAGUUGGAGUCCUGAUGGUAUGGAUAUUGUUGUAGGAAGUGCAGUAAGUAAAAAACGACAUGUUGCAUUAUUAAUUAAAAGAGACAAAUGGGCAGUACAAUUAUUAACAGCACAUCUAAACGAAGUAAUAUGUAGUAGAUUUUCUCCAGAAAUUUAUACAUAUACAAAAGAAGGAGGGAAGAAAAAAAGUGCAUUUUGUAUAUUUGCUACAGGUGGAAUGGGAGGUGAUUGUUGUAUUUGGGAAAAUAAGAAAGACAUAGAUUCUAUUUGUUUAGUUACUGAUGUUUUUGAUAAUUCUAUUCAAGACAUUGCAUGGGCAAAUCAUGGAAAGAUGAUAUUACUUGUUGGACUAGAAGGGUUUCUCGCAUGUAUUGAAUAUUCUAAUGAGGAACUUAAAGGAGAAGUACUUAAAGGAAAAGCUAAAAGUAAAUUACUUAGUUCAAUUCAUCAACGGGAAAUAGAAAUUGCAGAAUUAGAACGAGAUAAAAGAAAAGAAAUGAAAACAAAAUUAAGUGAAGAAGAAAGUGAAGAACUGUUAAAUCCAGAAGAUGAAAAACAAAAAAUAGAAGAAGAAAAUGAAGAACGAAAAAGAAAAAUUACUGAUGAUGGAUUAACUGAAGAAGAAAGAAAACAAUUAGAAGUGUUUGAUAAAAUGAAAAUAGCAAAAGAAUUAAAAAAAAAUAAUAAUAAAAAAGUUGAUAUAAAACGUCCUGAAAUAAAAAAGAAUGAACCAAUUAAAUCAAAUGGAAUUACAACAAAUUCUCUAAUAAAAAAACAAGAAAUAAAAGAUGAAAGUAGAGAACAACAAUUACAAAGAGAACGUGCUGAACGAUUAGAGAAAAUAGAUAAAAUGGAGUUUAAUAAAAAUAUUAAGAAAUUAGAAAAAAUUGAUCAAUUAGAAGAAAAAAUCAAAUGGUUAAAUGAAAGAAUAGAAAAAAUUGAUUGGGAAAAAAUAAGUCAAAAAGUACAUCAAUUAGAAUUAAGUAAAAAUGAAGAAAAACAAUUUUUAUUACAACAACCAGUUGUUAAACCAUUGAGUUGUAAUUCAAGAGAUCAAAAUGGAAGUGGAGUUAUUAUUAAAGGAAUACCAACGACCUAUGGAAAAAAGAUGUUUACAUGUUUAAAAUGUAUUAAAAUAAUAGGAGAUAUUAUGUAUUGGGAAGCAGCGUUACCAUAUGAAUUGGUAGUACUUAAUUGUUAUAACAAUAAAGUUAUUACAGUUUCAAAAGAAAAUAUAAUUAUUCUUCUUGACUCAUUUAGUGGAAGUAUUUGUAAUGUUCCAUUAAUGAAUAAUGGAAUUAUUUAUAAUGCUUUUUAUAGUGAAGGAUAUUUAAUUGUAUUAGAGUGUAAUGGAAUAAUAAAAAUAUAUAAUAAUCAAUUUGAAUUAACUAAAGUUGUAAAUAUUGAAAUGUUAUUAACUCAAUUAUCAAAUAAAAAACCAACAAAUAUUCAAUUCAUAAACCAUAAAAAUAUCAUUGUUUCAUUUGAUAAUGAAAUGGAUAUUCUUGUACAUCAAGGAUCAUAUAAAAUAAUACGUUGUCUUAUUCAAGAAGAUGAAAAAAGAAGAAAUAUUUCAAUUUACGAAAAAAGGAAGGUUGAACUUGAAAUCAUUGUAAUGCAAUUAUUCAAUGAAUGGGAUGAAAAAGUAUUUAAACAAACAAUAAAUAAAUAUAUUGACGCUUUAAAACAAACUAAAGAUUUCGGUAGAGCUAAGGUGAUUAUUAAAACAUUAAACCAACUUAAAAUAAAAUGGCCCUCGAAUGAGAGUUGUAUAAAUUUAAAUCAACAAGAACUUAUUGAAUGGUUAACAAUUAAUGGAAUAAAAUAA